CGUUUCCGGGACAAGAUGGCGGCGGGGCCGGGCUCGGAGCGGAAGCUGGUGCAGCAGGACGAGCUGCGGCAGCUCAUGCGGGAGAAGCGGCGACAAAGCGCCGCGAAGAAGCGAAUCGAGGCGCCGUUCGCGAAAUAUAAUCGUUUAGGGCAUUUAAGCUGUACGUUGUGCAACACCCAGAUUAAGGGUGAACUUUUGUGGCAAACACACAUACUAGGGAAACAACACAAAGAGAAAAUUGCAGAGUUAAAAGGUGCUAAACAGACAGUGCCUGGGCCUACAAUUAGCAUAUCAUCAUCUCAUCCUGCCAAAAGAAAAGUUUCUGACACAGAAAACCAAGAAGUAAAGAGAACAAAAGGUUCAAAUGACCAGCCACAGACUUCUGCGUCUGGGCUACCCAGAGAUUUUUUUGAUAAAGCAGAGCGUGCAGACACAAAAGCACUGCCUUCAAAGGGUCCAGGGCCCAGUUUACUGACAGGAGAUUAUGAUGAGGAGGAGGAGGUGGAGGAAGAGGAAGAAAAAGACAAUACUAGCAAACCACCUAGUGUGCAAAAAAAUGAAAUUCCACCCACAGCUCAAGAAACAGUAGCUAAUGCUCUACCAGCAGAUUUCUUUGACAACAAAACGACAGCUGCUCCCAUAGUCUCCCAUUCAGGGUCUAUUCAGAAAGCGGAAGUUCAAGAAAAGGUAGUGGAAAGGAAAGAAAACACUGCAGAAGCUUUACCAGAGGGAUUCUUUGAUGAUCCUGAGGUGGACGCAAGGGUGCGAAAGGUUGAUGCUCCGAAGGAUCAGAUGGACAAAGAGUGGGACGAAUUUCAGAAGGCGAUGCGACAAGUCAACACAAUUUCAGAAGCAAUAGUGGCAGAAGAGGAUGAGGAGGGACGUUUGGAUCGUCAGAUUGGAGAAAUUGAUGAGCAGAUUGAAUGUUACCGCCGUGUUGAGCUGCUGCGUAACCGCCAGGAUGUAAUGAAAGAUAAAUUUAAGGAAGCCAUGAGAUUAAGAGCAACCCAGGAGAAAGAGGAUGAGGAUAUUGGUAGUGAAGAUGAAGGAGAAUUGCAGGAUUUGCUGUCUCAAGAUUGGAGAGUGAAAGGGGCUUUGUUGUAGCAUUUCAGUGGCAUACUCAGUAUUCUGUUGAUCUGUGGUAUUACUUUUUAUCAGAAGACUUUUUUGUUAAAAUAUUUAUUUUUAAGAAGGAUCUUGCAGAUACUAUUGAGGUUAAUUGUAAAAAAUAUGUCCGUAUCUCUGUAGGUCUAAAAUGGAGUAUUAUUUUGUGUAAAGGUUGUACAUUGUAAAUGUUUUACAAGUUUGAAUAUAACUUUCCUAUUAAAAUUAUUAUAAUUUCCUACUAAAAUUAUUUUAAUGAGCAAGUAAUUUUAUAGUCAAUAUAGACUUCUGGGAGUGUAACAUAUACUAAGUCAGUGCUUUGAGUUGUCCUGUGCUGUAGUUCCUACCAGCCAGUGUAUAGUGUCCUUUCAGAUAGGAAACUCGGCUUUAUCCAGGACGUUUUAGAAGUUACUAGUAAAAUGUAGCAUGUUGGUCGUCCAAUGUUUCACUCUUUCAUAUGUAAAUGACCUAAGAAUCCAGAAACAUUGAGCAACAGAUUGUGGAGAAGUUGUAAUACUCUGAUCUCCUGCCAUGCUAUAGUGGGCAUGCAUGUUGCAGAAGAUUGUGCUGGACUCAAUCUGUUGUUUUCGUUAAUGCAGUUACAGACUGGAACGUGUGAAAACUCUUGAGCAGAGGGAUGAAAUGGGUAUGCAACUGCGAGCACUGCACUGGAAACCUAGGUGGCGUUGGAAGAAUAACUUCAAAAUAAACCUAAUUUGUUUUAGUUGUAAAUAUUUGAAGCUUUCGAGGGAGCCUUGGAAUUCUGUUUUCUUUCUCUCAAGUGUGCAAAUGGGUAAAUAACAUUUUAAAGUUAAGACUCAGUGAACAGGACAAAAUUGAGGUAACAUAAAAAGGGAGCAAGAAAUGUACUGAGAUUCAGUAUGUACUAGCUAAAUUAGAGCCAGAUUCUAUUUUUUAAAAAUCAUAUGCUCUUUUGAUCUUUGCAAGUCCCCAAAGCCCUCAGAUUUACUGAGCUAGCAGGAACUUCUGAAAAUCUGUAUGGAUUUUUCAGUUCGGUCCCAAGAAGUAGAGUUGUGGAAAGACAGCUUAUUUUUUUUACCUCAGGUUUUGGAAAAGAUUUGUGUUUGGAAAUAUAUUACAAGGUUGGUUUGGAGAGGAAGAAAAAAAGGAAUAGAAUAAUCUUACCACAAAAUUAAUUCAAGUCAGUCUGGGUACAGGUUAUAUCUACUGAUCACCAUAGUGUUUUAUUAAGGGAAAAAAUGUUAUUGCUCACUAAAGGUAGAUGUCAGUUUUGUAGCAUCUGUCACAAUGAACAUUCUGUGUGAGAACUGCUGCCAGAUUCUCUUGACCCUACUUUACUUCUUCUACUUUACAUAUUCCAGCCAUGUGUUUAUAACAAUGUUGUGAAAAGUAAAAUUCUUUUAAAAUGCUUAACAGAACAAUGGAUCACUAUGUUCUGACCACAUAUACUGGCCUGCAUGCUUGAUAUUUUUUGCUUAAUUUUGUAAUAAGUACAAAAAACAAGCACAGCCAAUACUUCUAAAAAAAUUUCAAGUAUAAUUUUGCAACUAAUGAUCUCUGUCAUUGGUAAUAUCCAGAAAUUUGGCAAAAUGGUUUCCAAGAGUCACUGAGUUAUAAAUAGAAACAUUCAAAAACUAGAAAAACAAAUCUUGAACAGCGUGGCAAGUUACUGAUUUAACUGGCAAAGAAUAAACAUGGCAGUAUAUUACUACUUUGAAUUUCAGUAUUACUGGAUGCAUAUCAUACUGCAAUGAGUGAAAUAGUGAGAGUCAUUCCUCAACAAGAGGGGAGCUAAAGUUCCUGUUCAGAAAGAUGGAGGCAAUGGGAAUGUUUGUUUAAUGACUGGCAGUCUUGCUAUUUUCUGUAAAA